GUUUCGCGCUCACCCUUUUCGUCACUCUCCUUUGCCCCCAAUUUCUCCUCUCAAACCUCCGCCUCUCUCCUCUCCCCCUCUUUUCUCCCCCGUAAAUUUCUGAAGUCAAAACCCUAAUCUCGCAUCCUAACCGUAUCGAGAUCGCCCAAUAGGUAACAAUCACCUAAUCUAUCUUGCCGCGGAUCGAUCGUCUAGGGUUUCUAUUUUAGGUUUUUUUUCGUUCCCUUAAUUCUGUGAGGAUGCGUUAUUCUUAAACUUCAGCAACGUACAACAUCUUCCUCAAUAAUCUUACGAAUCGUCAAGUGAAACGACAUCUUAUUUGAAAGGUGAUGGGAAACUGGGUCGCGGGUGAAUCUGCUGACUGGGCGAGCUCCUUUCCUCACACUGUAGCUUCACGACCGCCCUCUGAUGGUUCGUUAGAUGUCCGCUACUUGAGGUCUAUAACACCUGAGUUAUUUGCUAUUGGCCUUUAUUGCGAGCUGUAAUUUUGGAGAUCUUAGUACCUAGCACUGAUAAUAAUAUGGAUGGGAGCAAUGAGUCUCCUGAUCAUGUCAUUGCUGAAUUACUUAAUAUGGGAUUUGAGUUUGAUCAAGCUAUAAAAGCAGUGGAAGCUGUUGGUCCAUCUCUUGAGGAUACAGUGGAUUUCAUCUUGAACGGUUCUUGCAAUGGCAAUACUGUUAGUAACAGAAGGGUUUCAGGUCUUACUUGUUCUACAGGCCAAACACACCCUCUGAAACAGCAAGUUUCGUCACUGUUUUCUUCACGUAGGAUGAAACAGUCGAGCAUUACUGACCAUGUUUCAUCAUCUGGUAAAAGAAAAAGGAACAAUCUUUGUAGUUCUUCUAAAGAAUAUACAAAUGAUAGAUUUGAGUCUAUAUCUGAAUUAUCUCAGCGGGAUUCAAAUGCUUGCGUGGACCACGCAGAGUUAGAGGCACCAUCAGUGGAGAUUGGUACCGUUCAGCCUCGAGAAAUUUCACAGUUUUGUAGUUCACCGAGUCAGGAGAUUGAUUUGGGGAAUUGGGAGCAGAAGGCUUGUGGUAUUUUACAGAGGCAUUUUGGGUUCUCAUCCUUGAAGAGUUUUCAGAAGGAAGCUAUGGAAGCUUGGUUAGUGCGUAGAGAUUGCCUUGUUCUUGCUGCUACAGGAUCAGGAAAAUCUCUCUGCUUCCAGAUUCCAGCAUUAUUGACUGGCAAGAUUGUAGUCGUGAUUUCUCCCUUGAUAAGUUUGAUGCAUGACCAGUGUUUAAAGUUAGCAAAACAUGGGAUAUCAGCAUGUUUCCUUGGAUCUGGACAACCUGACCGUACUGUUGAGUGCAAAGCUAUGAGUGGCAUGUAUAGGAUAAUUUAUGUUUGUCCUGAGACGGUAUUAAGACUUACAGAACCACUUACAAGGCUUGCAGAAAGUCAUGGGAUUGCACUCUUUGCCAUCGAUGAGGUUCACUGCGUUUCAAAGUGGGGCCAUGAUUUUCGACCUGAUUACAGGCAGUUGUCCAUACUUAGAAAAAACUUCAGCUCUUGCAAUUUAAAAUUCUUGAAGUUUGACAUCCCAUUGAUGGCCCUGACGGCUACAGCGACGAUUCCAGUUCGUGAGGACAUUAUCAAGUCUCUGCACAUGUCAGAGGAAACGAAAAUUGUCUUGACAUCUUUCUUUCGACCGAACCUACGAUUUUCAGUGAAACAUAGUCGAACAUCUUCACCAUCGUCAUAUGACAAGGAUUUUCGUGAACUAGUAGAAACUUAUGCAAUGCCAAACGAGAAGAAUAGAAAAGGACCAACUAAGAUACCAAAUUAUGUAGAGGAUGAUUAUCGUACCUACUGCAAAGCAUCUGAUGAUAGCUCUUCUGAUGCGGAUGAAGCAUUGGUAUCAGAUUCUAGUGAUUGUAAAGGUGAACACAGUGAGGAAGAUGAUGUAGAUGCAAGUGUCAUGAAUAAGAAAUCUGAUUUACCUUCUAAGGAAUGUGAAUUAACAGCUGAAUAUUUGGAAGAUGAAGUCGACGUUCAUCAAUGUGUGGAUGACUUAGAUGUUUCUUGUGGUGAAUUCCCUGGAAAUCUUCUGCUUGAGAGUUCAGUGAUUCAUGAGGCAUCUGAGAUGUCUGAUCUGCAAGAAGCUUUGCACCAAGGCCCCACAAUUGUGUAUGUUCCUACUAGAAAAGAAACAACAAAAAUAGCUGAAUAUCUGUCCAGAGCUGGAGUCAGGGCUGCAGCAUAUCAUGCAAAGCUUCCAAAGGCACAUCUGAGGCGGGUUCAUCAGGAGUUUCAUCAAAACUCAUUGGAGGUUGUUGUUGCAACAAUUGCUUUCGGAAUGGGUAUUGACAAGUCAAAUGUUCGAAGAAUUAUUCAUUAUGGCUGGCCACAGAGUCUGGAAGCAUAUUAUCAAGAAGCAGGGAGAGCUGGAAGAGAUGGAAAACUAGCAGAUUGUAUUUUGUAUGCCAACUUGUCGAGAAUACCAACACUUCUUCCUAGUAAAAGAAGCGAAGAGCAAACAAAGCAAGCAUAUAAAAUGCUUUCUGACUGCUAUCGGUAUGGUAUGAAUACUGCAGCAUGCCGAGCUAAAAUACUUGUGAAAUAUUUCGGAGAGGAGUUUAGCUAUGCUAAGUGUCAAUUAUGCGAUGUAUGUGUUAAUGGACCUCCUAAAAUGCAAAAUCUAAUAGAAGAAGCUGCUACUUUCAUGCAUGUUCUGAAAGCUCAAGUUGGAAAUAGAAGUUUUGGGCAUGUAUCUCACGAUGGUGCAAUUUACAGUGAAUCUAGCACAAGGAGGCCUUCUGAGAGAGCCAACUUCAAGAUGCUUGUCAGUAAAAUAAGAGAGAAGUCCCUGAAGUUCUCUACAACUGAUUUGUUGUGGUGGCGGGGUCUUGCACGGAUACUACAAGAUAAGGGCUUUAUCAGAGAAGGAAAUGAAUUGGCGCGUGUUUCAAUUAUUUACCCAGAGCUUACAGAGUUGGGGUUGAAAUUUUUGAGCUCUGAGUGUGAGCAAAUUCUCUAUGCAUAUCCUGAAGCGGACAUGCUGCUCCCUGCCAAAAAAUCGAAGCCAUAUUCUUCUUUCUCCGAAUGGGGAAGAGGUUGGGCUGACCCUGAGAUAAGACGGCAGCGUCUACAAGGAUGGAAAGGGAGGUCGAAGAAGAAGAGGAAACCUUGGAAGCAAAGAGCAGAUACUAGCACAGUAAGAGGAAGGUUAUCAGUAAAACUAUCUAAAAGAAAAUUGUAAACGUCAUAUUUUCUUGGUGAUGAAAAAGGGUUGACAACGUAAUUUGCCAGAGAAAGCAAAUUUCCUUUCCCCCUUUUUUUCAUUCACUAAAUGUAAUCUUUUCUUUUUCUUGUCAUGUUGAUUUGCCAGAUUUGGUUAUUCAAACUCGGAGAAACUUGUAGACUGAACCAUUUAAGAGGAAUUUUACAACUGGAUGAAUAA